CAGAGGUGGUGUGAGUGAGGAAGGGAUCGGAGGGAAGAGAGAAAGACAUGACAAAAAUAUCAAAAGGCAGAAAGCACGCCGUACCAUGCGAGCCAAACUGGCGACCGACGGGAUCGAGGAUGUCGGAUUAAUGGUGACGACCGCAGCCCGUUUUCGCAGAGGAAGCUUCUCUAUCGCAACUUGGGCGCAGAGGGUCCGCGGGGAAACAUGGCCGAAGGAGGGCCGGGUAAAGGUGGCGGUGGCGCUGGCGGAGAAGACCCCGCCAAGUCCACCGAGCAGGAGGAGAGGGCUCGAGCCCAGGUCCUGUCCGGAUCGGGCUUCUGCAAGUGGUUCAACGUCCGCAUGGGCUUUGGAUUUAUAUCAAUGACGAACAGCGAGGGGAGCCCCGUCGACCCGCCUCUGGAUGUUUUCGUCCACCAAAGCAAACUGGUGAUGGAGGGUUUCCGCAGCUUAAAGGAGGGUGAGCAGGUGGAGUUCAUCUAUAAGAAGUCCUCUAAGGGCCUGGAGUCCUUGCGGGUGACCGGACCUGGUGGAGGACCCUGUGCGGGCAGUGAGAGGAGACCUAAAGGGAAGGUUCCACUCCUGAAACGUAAACCAAAGGGAGAUCGCUGUUAUAACUGUGGAGGUCUGGACCACCAUGCCAAGGAGUGUGGCCUGCCCCCCCAGCCAAAGAAAUGCCACUACUGCCAGAGCAUCACUCACAUGGUCGCCCAGUGUCCCCACAAGGCGCUGGCACCCGCCGCAGGCUCUCAGGACCAACAAGCGUCUACCUCGGCCUCCGCUCCAGGCACGGGGCCUCACCUCUGCCUCCCCGAGGAGGAGGAGCGCUCCGGCUCGUCUCCCCUGGAGGGGUCCUCCUCGUCACCCGAGGAGCCACACACACACCGCAGCUCACGGACCCAAAGGUGGAGGAAAUCCUGAAAAUGUUCCGUCGAGGUGAACUUUUUUUUUUUUUUCCCCCACCCCAAAACCCAGCCCCUGACCUUCAUGUCUACCCUCAAUCAAGGUUACCCGAAGUCCCACCUACCCCCUUUCCUCCUCGUCUACCUCACACUUGUGAAAAAAAAGGGAGUUUUUUUAAUUUUUUUAUUAUUAUUAUUAUUUCUUUUAUUUUUCAUUGUGUUAUUUUUCUAACCAGCACAGCUGUGGCAGCGAUCAGCGGGGUACGGGACGUGCGUGAAUGUGUGCGACUGACUUGCAGUCAUCUGGUGCAGCUAUGGAAACGACUGCUGGAAAGGUGACUGCAGGGAAUAAUUCUUUGUGUUUCAAUCUGUGCAGCUCAAUGGUGAAAUGUCAUUUGUGUGUAGGUUUUGAUGACUGUGAUGUUUCUUCUCCCCCUCGGACCUGAAGGGUGGCUAUUUUAAAAUCCCCCCCACCCCCCUUCCUGCUUAUUUUGCAGACUGAAAGCCACAACUGUAUACUGUAAGCCUAAUCAUUCAGAGAGAGAGAGAGAGGAAAAAAAAAAAAA